GCGUCCAUCGGCCGGGCCGUGCUCCCCGCAGCCCCGUGUCCCGGUGUCCCCCUGUCCCCGCGUCGGGCCGGGCGCCCCGCCCGGCGGAGCGCAGCUGUUUGUCCCUCUCGCGCCACCGUAGGCGCGCGAAGCGUUCCCGUUGCCAUGGAGGCCGGGCGGCGGCGUCGCUCCGGAAGUUCGACACGCGGCCUCGACCAAUGGCGAGGCCCAGAAUGGAUGCGCGAAGUCUCGCGAUAUCUCCGCCCGCCGCUGGCGCUCCCAUCACCGCGCGCGGCCCGGGCUCUUCCUUUUCCGCCAUCACGCUCGCGGCACCAUGGUGCGGAUGAACGUUCUGGCCGAUGCUCUCAAAAGCAUCAACAACGCCGAGAAGCGCGGCAAGCGCCAGGUGCUCAUCCGGCCGUGCUCCAAAGUCAUCGUGCGCUUCCUCACCGUCAUGAUGAAGCACGGUUACAUUGGUGAAUUCGAGAUAAUUGAUGACCACAGAGCUGGGAAGAUUGUUGUCAACCUCACAGGCAGACUCAACAAGUGUGGUGUGAUCAGUCCCAGAUUUGAUGUGCAGCUGAAGGAUUUGGAAAAGUGGCAGAACAACCUGCUGCCCUCCCGUCAGUUUGGGUAUAUUGUACUGACAACCUCAGCUGGCAUCAUGGACCAUGAAGAGGCGAGACGAAAACACACAGGAGGCAAAAUCCUGGGAUUCUUUUUCUAAAACUUGUAAAAAAAGAGGAUACUAAUAAAUUGUUCAAAUGGA